AAUUUGAGCCAAGGCAACCUAUUUCUUGCCACUUCUGCAUUCCUUCCUGCUCUUCACGGCAUGCGUGGAGACAGGUGUUAGCUUGUGGCAGCUCCAGAUCAGUCGUAAAAAUGCUUAAUCCCUUAAAAAAGUUACACAUUCUCAGGAUCAUCUAAAGGCUGAAGCUUUGCGAUUCUUAAAGAAACCCAAAAGACUGAAAAAAUAAUGGCGGAUCGUUUCUUUCCCAACGUAUUGCCGGACUUCGUACCCGAAACAACACAACACGAACAACAAGAAAUUGGAGAUACUCUGAUCAAACUUCUAUCCAUGCCUUACUCUUCUCUAUCUCAACAUUUCAAACGCACCGCUUUGGACCUCAAAGAAACCGUAACGCUGGAAACGUGGGGGAUAACUUCGCAAAAAGUCUCCGACUUUACUCUCUAUUGUGGCACUCUCGGUACUGCUUUCUUGCUCUUCAAAUCCUAUCUACUUACCAACAACACCAACGACCUCUCCCUCUGCUUAGCCAUUGUUGAUGCUUGCAACUCCGCUUCCUUAUCUUCUCGGGAUGCAACCUUUUUAUGUGGUCGAGCGGGUGUUUGUGCUCUUGGUGCUGUGGCCGCAAAGUAUGCUGGAAAUCAAGAGUCGCUUAAUCACUACUUAACCCCGUUUAGAGAGAUUAAGCUCUCAAGGGAUCUUCCUGAUGAAUUAUUGUAUGGAAGAGCUGGGUUUCUAUGGGCUUGUUUGUUCUUGAACAAGCAUCUUGGUGAAGGGACUAUCACUUCGACAACUACACGUGCAGUUGUUGAUGAAAUUAUCAAGAAUGGCAGGGCCUUGGGGAAGAAAGGAGGAGGAAGUCCUUUGAUGUUUGAAUGGUAUGGAGAAAAGUAUUGGGGUGCUGCGCAUGGAUUGGCAGGUAUUAUCUAUGUGUUAAUGGACACGGAGUUGAAACCGGAUGAGGCUGAGGAUGUAAAAAGCACUCUUAGAUACAUGAUUAGGAAUCGAUUUCCAGGUGGGAACUACCCUGCAAGUGAACAAGAUAGGAAGUCGGAUGUUCUUGUCCAUUGGUGUCAUGGAGCCCCUGGGAUCGCCCUCACUCUUGUCAAAGCUGCUGAGGUCUUUGGAGAUGACGAAUUUCUGGAAGCAGCUGUGGAUGCAGCAGAGGUGGUGUGGAACCGUGGGUUGCUGAAGCGGGUAGGAAUUUGCCAUGGCAUUAGUGGGAAUGCUUAUGUUUUCCUUUCACUUUACCGAAAAACAGGCAACGUAAAGUUCUUGCAUAGGGCAAAAGCAUUUGCUUGCUUUUUGCUUGAUCAGGCUCACAAGCUUAUAUCCAAUGGAGAGAUGCACGGGGGCGAUAGGCCCUAUUCCUUGUUUGAAGGGAUUGGGGGUAUGGCAUAUCUUUUCCUAGACAUGAUUGAGCCCUUGGGUUCCAGAUUCCCUGCAUAUGAGCUCUAAUUUCUAGGCUAAUGCAAUAGGUAUUGCCUGUCUGCUUUCCUGGAAGACAUGCCUUUGGAUAACACUUGUAAUGAAUUGUUUGCAAUUCUGAAAUGGUUGAAGCAUGCAGCUAUAAGUUUCGGAUUAUUUGCUCUCUUUUAUAUGUGCACCAAUUUGUAGUCAAUGAUAUGAACCUGAUACUAAUGUACUAUUUCUCCACCCCAAUACUUUGAUUAACUCAAAAUAAGAAUAUGUGGCAGUUCUUAUCUUCCUCCCAAA